UGUUUUGUUUUCUUCAAAUUUCGUUUCUUUUCUUUUCCUUUUCGUGGCUGACUUUUGACUUCACAUCUAAGCAUAAGCAAAGUAGCAAGCGAUAAACGGGAAAAGCGAAACGCAAAAGUGGUUGUUGAAUUUGGAUGUGGAAUUGUGGCGUUCGAAUUGGAGGAAGAGAGAGGAAAACAGGAUUAGCAUAACCGCAGAAGCAGGCGCAGAAUCGCGUUUCGAUGGAGGCGGUGGCCGAGGGUCUAUGGGGACUCGCGGAGUACCACGAGAAGAGAGGAGAAAUUGGGAAAGCAGUGAAGUGCCUCGAAGCCAUAUGCCAAAGCGAGGUUUCGUUUUUCCCAAUCGUUGAGGUCAAGACUCGUCUUCGCAUUGCCACGCUUCUCCUCCACCAUUCGCACAACGUAAACCACGCCAAGUCCCACCUCGAACGUUCCCAAUUGCUUUUGAAGUCUAUUCCGUCAUGCUUCGAGUUGAAGUGCAGAGCGUAUAGCUUGCUCAGCCAGUGUUACCAUCUCGUCGGAGCUAUUCCACCGCAGAAACAGGUCUUGCACAAGGGACUUGAGCUCACUGCAUCUGUUGGAUACGAGAUUUCAAUGAAGUUGUGGUCUUGCAACUUCAAUUCACAGCUUGCAAAUGCUUUAUCUAUUGAAGGGGACUACCAGGGUUCAAUCUCUGCCUUAGAGUGUGGAUAUGUCUGUGCUACUGAAGUAUGCUUGCCAGAGUUGCAGAUGUUUUUUGCCACUUCAAUAUUGCAUGUCCGACUCAUGCAAUGGGAUGAUGAUAAUUUGGUUGAGCAAGCUGUUAAUAAAUGCAACGAGAUUUGGGAGUCAAUUGAUCUAGAUAAACGACGACAAUGCCCUGGCUUACUAUUUUAUAAUGAAUUACUUCACAUAUUCUACCGAUUGCGACUAUGUGAUUACAAGAAUGCUGCACCCCAUGUAGACAAUCUGGAUGCCGCCAUGAAGUUCGAUAUGCAGCAAACGCAGCAAAUACAGGAGCUAGUGAAGGAGCUUGAUAUUUUAGAUCAAAGUCUCUCACGAUCUGACCUUCAUUACAGGGAUAGGACAGCAUUAUCUAGAAAGCAAACAAUGAUUAAGGAGCAACUCAGCAGCAUGACUGGGUUGAAUUUAAUUGGGCAGGAAUCACUGCAACCAGUGUAUUUUGGGAAUGUCAGAAGGACCAUUGGAGAUAAGCUUCAGUUAGCACCUCCUCCCAUUGAUGGUGAAUGGCUUCCUAAAAGUGCUGUCUAUGCAUUAGUUGAUCUAAUAGUCGUUGUAUUUGGGCGCCCAAAGGGACUUUUUAAAGAAUGUGCUAAACGCAUACAAUCUGGGAUGCAUAUAAUACAAGAUGAGUUAGUAAAGCUUGGAAUUACUGAUGGUGUUAGAGAAGUGGAUUUACAACACUCUUCUAUCUGGAUGGCUGGUGUGUACUUAAUGCUACUAGUUCAGUUUCUUGAAAACAAAGUGGCUAUAGAGCUCACACGAGCAGAAUUUGUUGAAGCACAGGAGGCUUUGGUACAGAUGAAAAAUUGGUUCAUGCGGUUUCCAACCAUAUUACAGGCAUGUGAAUGCAUCAUUGAGAUGCUUAGAGGUCAAUAUGCUCAUUCAGUUGGCUGUUACAACGAAGCUGUUUUUCAUUAUAUUGAGGCAGUGAAGCUUACAGACAGCAAAUCAAUGCAAGCUAUGUGCCAAGUUUAUGCAGCUGUCUCUUACAUCUGCAUUGGUGAUGCUGAAUCUUCUUCACAGGCACUUGAUUUGAUCGGCCCAGUUUAUGGAGUAAUGGAUUCUUUUGUAGGAGUUAGAGAAAAGACAGGUGUUCUUUUUGCUUAUGGUCUUUUAUUGAUGAAGCAACAGGAUCUACAAGAAGCAAGAAAUCGCCUGGCAAGGGGAUUGCAGCUGACACAUACAUAUUUGGGAAACCUUCAACUUGUUUCACAGUAUUUGACAAUCCUAGGCAGUUUGGCCCUUGCAUUACGUGACACCGUACAAGCCAGGGAGAUAUUGAGAUCUUCUUUGACUUUAGCAAAGAAACUUUAUGAUAUUCCUACUCAGAUUUGGGUGCUAUCUGUUUUGACCGCUUUAUAUAAAGAAUUAGGUGAAAGGGGAAACGAAAUGGAAAAUGUGGAGUAUCAGGCAAAAAAAACUGAAGAUUUGCAGAGGAGACUUGCUGAUGCACAUGCAUCCAUUUAUCAUAUUGAAAUUAUUGACAAAAUAAGACUUCAAGUCCAUCAAUUAAACGAUUUGGACAUCAAGCGUGCAAUGGCAGGCCCAGCUCUGGGAAUCAAUCUUGAUAUCCCAGAAUCUAUUGGUCUGUCGGCAGCCAUGCCUGCUCCUUCAUCGUCAAGGCUUGUUGAUAUAGACACCAGAAGACGUGGAAAACGGAGACUUUAGUAUGUUCCUUGUGCAGGCAAAGCCAUUAUAUUUUUGUGAAUUAGUUGCAAGCUAUUGGUCCAAGGUCCAAGUGGGUUGAAGAGUUAGUAGAUAGGGUUUCCAGCAAGGUUUUGUUUCACGCGCAUCACUGUAAAAGAUUCUGUACAGUUAAUUAAAAUGUUAUUCAUAAGUUAUAGAGGGGAUAGAUAUUAGAAGCUACCAAUUAACAUUUAGAAUAGGUGCUUAUUUCUAUUUUAUUCUUUUUGUAUCGAAAGAGAGAAAAAAAAGUAGAGUAGGUUUUUUAAGGCAGGUCCUUAGGAUUGUUGUUUGUUCGGCUGUUUAUAGUAUUUUUCAAUUCAAAGAAGUCAGUAUGCAUUCUUAUUUGAAGAUGUUAUAUGUAAAUUAAUUGCAAUGGUUUUAGUGAAA